AUGAGGACUUCUCCGCUGCGAAUCAGCGUCAAUGUCGCUGCCCGCCAGAUUCACAGCCUCGUCCCUGCACCCCGCCCUCGCCGGUCGUUCCACCUCACCACGCCCGCCAGCUUGCCCCGGAAGCGCAACUUUUUCACGUCGAAUCCAUACCUCUCCUCGCAGCCCAGUAGCGACGAUGCGAAGCCCUACCCGUAUCAAGGCCAAGGCCACGAUCAGGACAAGCCAAGCCCUGCCAAUGCCUCUCCGGUAGCCAAGCGGAAGCCCACCAGGGCCACUCCGACCAAAAAUUCGCUGCGCCGAGUCGCCAUCAUUGCCCAGCAGCCGAAGCGGGGCAGUCAGGGCAGCCCCGGCAUCGACGCCGCAGAAGCCGAUCCGUCCAACAUGGUCAGCGCGACAUGCAUCGCCGAGGCCUUCAACAUGCCCAUGGUGCUGGAGAUUCUCUCGUCGCAUGGCUUCGCAAUUGAUCCCGACGGCACCCGCUUCGAUGCCGCAGAGGUAGUCCAUGCGCGGGGCGUCAACGGCGGCGACAUCUUUGUCUUCCCCUCCGGCACCAUCGUGACGUGGUCGCUGCCCCCCGACGUCGUGACGAAGCAAAUCCUACGGGCCGCCGAAGAGCCCCACGCUGAAUCGCUGCGCGAAGUCGAGGACCUCGAGUUCACCACUGACAACGGCCGGGAGACGAGCUCGCUCAAGGGCGACGUCGUCGUAUUGGGAACCCGCAAGGAGCACAAGGACGGCGACUUCCUCGACACGACGCUCGCCAAGAUUGCCUUUUCGUCGGGCCUCGCACGCAGCACAAAGCUGGCCGUCCUGGAGUCCGCCCUCACCUCGUACUUUGAGAGCACCAGAAACAUCCCGGCCCUCCUCUCCCAGGGGACUGGCGUCCCGCUUAGCCGCAAGUUCAUCCUGCAGAAGACUGGCGAGCUGCUCAGCCUCCGCGCCAAGCUCAACCACUACUCGGAGCUCACGGAUAACCUGCCCGACAUAUUCUGGGACAGCAAGUCGGAGCUGGGGCUCGAGGGCUACUACGACCAGGUUGGCCGCGCCCUUGACGUCAACGUGCGCAUCCGUGCUCUCAACCAGAAGAUGGACUACGCUCAGGAGAUUGCCACGGUCUUACGCGAGAUGUCUAGCGAGCAGCACGGCACCCGGCUAGAGUGGAUCAUCAUUGUCCUCAUUGCCGUCGAGGUCGUCUUCGAGGUGAGGAGGAUUGUCAUUGAGUACAAGGAGAGGGCGCUGGCUAGGGAGCUGGGCACUGAGAUAUAA